UAGGUGGCGGUAAAGCAUCUUUGAAUUCCGAUUAAAUUCUACCGUAAGUGUGAAAAGAGGAAGAGCAACAACCAACAACACAAGACGAAGAUGGCGGAGUACAGCAAUGUGCAAAAAGGAUCCUUAAAACUUAAGGGAGUAGGGGACCUUUCCUCCGCGAAAAAGAAGAAGAAGAAGGAUAAGGAGAGAAAGCGCUUGGAGCAGCAAAUAAUGACUACUGAAAAUGAAGAAGAGACUGAACAGGGCUACACCGACAAAAGAACUCCAGCGCAAAUGGCAUUUGAUAAAAUGCAGGAAAAGAGGCAAAUAGAACGGAUUCUGAACAAAGCAUCACAAACUCAUAAGCAAAGAGUUGAGGAUUUUAACCGCCACUUGGACACCCUGACAGAACAUUACGAUAUCCCCAAAGUCAGCUGGACCAAAUAAAAACAAAGACUCCUCCAUCUUGUCCAUUUUUACAAUGUCAAUAGUGCUUCAAAUGUUACUUCAUUGCAACAUGUUAGAUUGGAAAGGGGGAAAGAAAUCAAAAAUGUUGUUUAAUUGAUCCAAUAAAGCUUUUUUUGUUUGUAUUAUAAGUUAAUUGAGUGUAGUGAAUGCAAAUAUGUUGCACCGAUUAAAUGCUACACACCAGAGUUUAAAUGUUCAGCACUGAAUUUUUUUAUUGAAGCUUCUCUUCAAAAAUGUGAGCAGUGCGUGUGUAUGUACCUGUAUUGUAAUUAAAGUGGACUAAAACCAUA